AUGGAGACCAGGGACUCUGAGGGUUUGGGAAAGCCCCAGAAGAAAUCAGUGAAUGGUUCGUGGGAGAUUGAUGAGCCGGCCAGUGUGAGACCUGAGGUCCUCUCAGAAGAGAGGACGCCCCAUGCCGAUCAGGAGAUGCAAGACAAAGCACCCCAUUACUACACCCUUACCCAGAGAAACUCCAUCUUCAAUCGCACUGUGAGACACAGAAGCAAAGGCAAAGCCAGAGGCACUCCCGAACAGAACUGCGGACACCUGGCAGAUUCACUGGAAAAUGGGAACUCUGUAACUGAACCCCUGAACUUGAAUUUCCCCCGGGGCAGAACUCAACCCUGGAGAAUACCAACACAGACAGACCUAGGAGCCAAGAGAGCAAGCGAGUCGUCCUCCACCCUGGGAAAUGAGGCCACACCCGAGGAGUGCCCGGCCCUCGCCGACAGCCCUACCACGCUCACCGAGGCCCUGCAGAUGAUCCACCCCAUUCCCGCCGACUCCUGGAGGAACCUCAUCGAACAAAUAGGGCUCCUGUAUCAGGAAUACCGAGAUAAAUCAACCCUCCAAGAAAUUGAAACCAGGAGGCAACAGGAUGCAGAAGUACAAGGCAAUGUUGAUGGGUCCCCGGCCGGCGAGGAGACCCCGGAGGAGGAUGAAGAGGAGGAGGAGGAGCCGGCAAGCCCACCGGAGAGGAAGGCUGUGCCCCAGAUAUGCCUGCUCAGUAACCCGCACUCGAGAUUUAACCUCUGGCAGGAUCUCCCGGAGAUUCGGAGCAGCGGGGUCCUGGACAUCCUCCAGCCGGAGGAGAUCAGGCUGCAGGAGGCCAUGUUCGAGCUGGUGACUUCCGAGGCCUCCUACUACAAAAGCCUGAACCUGCUGGUGUCCCACUUCAUGGAGAACGAGCGCCUGAAGAAGAUCCUGCACCCGUCCGAGGCGCACAUCCUCUUCUCCAACGUGCUGGACGUCAUGGCCGUCAGCGAGCGGUUUCUCUUGGAGCUGGAGCGCCGGAUGGAGGAGAACAUCGUCAUCUCGGACGUGUGCGACAUCGUGUACCUGUACGCCGCCGACCACUUCUCUGUCUACAUCACCUACGUCAGCAACCAGACCUACCAGGAGAGGACCUACAAGCAGCUGCUCCAGGAGAAGGCAGCCUUUCGGGAGCUGAUCGCACAGCUGGAGCUGGACCCAAAGUGCAAGGGGCUGCCCCUCUCCUCCUUCCUCAUCCUGCCUUUCCAGAGGAUCACACGCCUCAAGCUGUUGGUCCAGAACAUCCUGAAGCGGGUGGAAGAGAGGUCUGAGCGGGAAGGCACUGCCCUGGAUGCCCACAAGGAACUGGAGCUGGUGGUAAAAGCAUGCAACGAGGGCGUCAGGAAAAUGAGCCGCACGGAGCAAAUGAUCAGCAUUCAGAAGAAGAUGGAGUUUAAGAUCAAGUCAGUGCCCAUCAUCUCCCACUCCCGCUGGCUGCUGAAGCAGGGCGAGCUGCAGCAGAUGUCAGGCCCCAAGACAUCCCGGACCCUGCGGACCAAGAAACUCUUCCGGGAAAUUUACCUCUUCCUCUUCAACGACCUGCUGGUGAUCUGCCGGCAGAUUCCGGGAGACAAGUACCAGGUGUUUGACUCGGCCCCGCGGGGCCUGCUGCGAGUGGAGGAGCUGGAGGACCAGGGCCAGACGCUGGCCAACGUCUUCAUCCUGCGGCUGCUCGAGAAUGCGGACGACCGGGAGGCCACCUACAUGCUGAAGGCGUCCGCUCAGAGCGAGAUGAAGCGUUGGAUGACCUCGCUGGCCCCCAACCGAAGAACCAAGUUUGUUUCCUUCACGUCCCGGCUGCUGGACUGCCCCCAGGUCCAGUGUGUGCACCCGUACGUGGCCCAGCAGCCGGACGAGCUGACGCUGGAGCUGGCCGACAUCCUGAACAUCCUGGACAAGACAGAGGAUGGGUGGAUCUUUGGCGAGCGCCUGCAUGACCAGGAGAGAGGCUGGUUCCCCAGCAACAUGACUGAGGAGAUCUUGAAUCCGAAGAUUCGGUCCCAGAACCUCAAGGAGUGUUUCCGUGUCCACAAGAUGGAUGACCCUCAGCGCAGCCAGAAUAAGGACCGCAGGAAGCUGGGCAGCCGAAAUCGGCAGUGACCCCUGGUCCCCGGCCUGGCCAAGGGAUGUGGGUGGGCAGGAGCAGGUCGUGGCGGGCAGCCCCCAGCGGACAGCGGAGGGGCUCAGCAGGAAGGCCGGACGCCGCUGCAGGCAGCAGGGUGUGAGCUGGGGUGCCUUGGCAGGAGUUGCCUCCACCCCUCACCCCUGCUACGUGGUUAGUGCUCAUGUGUCUUGGCCCCUCACUCACGAACUGCAGAAAAGGUGCCCACGUCCCUCCUCUGCUGCAUUUGUAAAUGAAAAAGUGUAUUUUAAACAGUGUUACACCACCUCUUCUUGUCUCUUGGGAGGGGCAGACAGAGGAUGGGCAUGCUCCAGGGCCCUUCCCAGGCACUGAGAGGCCCCAGACCCAGGGUGUCCCUGGCCAAGGGCAGGUGCAGAGGUGAUGAUGUCAUGACCCCUGCACGUGUCCUCUCCCCUGGAAGCUGUUAGAAUCGGCCAGGUGCACAGACGGACCACCCUUGCCUGAUGAGCUUGACGAGCGUCCUUUGGUCUCCGACUCAAAGGACUGAGAGACCAACCGCCUCUGUCCACCUCCGCCCCAAGCCUCUGCCAGCCUCUGGCUGCACGGCCAGGCCUGCCUCAUGGCCACCAGAGCUUGGCUGAGGGCCCACGCCGCCUUUGGCUCCCUGAUGGGCUGGAUGUAACUCGUUUCUUCUGGCCCCUUCUGGAGCCCAGGUGUUAUAAAGAAAUGACUUGGUCAUUGCAUCCUGUAUGGAUUAUGGUUCCGAGAAAAGCAAAUAUCAUUUCUGGCUGCAUUAAA